AGCAUAAAUACUCUGACAAGUGACAGCUUAUUGUACUCCAAGCUGAUGGUUUUUAACAGAAAAGUCCAAUGCAUUUCUGAGGAUGAAUUGUAUUUUGGCUCUUGCUAGUUUUCUUCUGCUGACUUUCCUGGAAGUAACCCAGUCUUGUCCUCCAAUCUGUAAAUACUGCUCCACAGGGCUAGCAGAAUGUGAGCAUGUCUCGUCGCUUCAGGAAGUCUUACCAGGUUUGCCAAACUCCACAGAGAAAAUACUAUUACGUCACGGAAACCUCAGCAAGAUACCACCACUGGCUUUUCAGAACUUCCCCAGGCUUCAUUUGCUCUCCAUAACUGGAUUUCUGUUCUCUUCACUUCCAAACCUGACCUUUGUUGCAAAGGACGUCAGCAACCUGAGGAGUUUGGAUCUCAGCAGUAACUGCCUGCUGAGCUGUGGGAUUGAGCCUUUGGCUUUCUCUGGCCUGGGAAUCCUCGAGGAGUUGAUUCUUACAAACAAUGCCUUGGAUAUGCUGAAAAGUUCUUGGUUCUUAGAGUUGACUCUGCUCACCAAACUCCUCCUUUCUGACAACAAAAUUACAUAUCUUCCUCCAAGGACUUUUGAGAGUUUGGCUAAGCUUAACGAACUCAUUGUGUCUUCCAAUUUCAUUCAGUAUCUUUCCAUGGACACAUUUUAUGGGCUAGCAUCAUUGACCAAACUGGACUUAUCAAGCAAUGAAAUCCUGUUUAUUAAUAAUGAUGUUUUCCAGCCUUUGCAGGCCCUGACGCAUCUGUGGUUGUUUAAGAAUAAGCUGACUGCACUGGCCAGCGUUCCAGACUCUCUUACCUCGUUGUCUCUUAAUGAAAAUCCUUGGAUCUGCGACUGUCAUCUGGUGAGCUCAAUACAGUUACUGAAGGACAAAGUUCAGACACCCAGUGGCCUGGUUUGCAAUAGUCCGCCGAGCCUGAGGGGACACCAUGUGUUGAGUGUCGGGCCUGAAGUCUGUGCUUAUCCAACUCACGCAGGAAAUCUACCACAGGAAAGCACUUCAAAAUUGAACUCGCUGUAUGGCUUCACAGGUGGACUUUUCUUCAGUUUCAUCAUGUGCCUGAUUGUCUGUUUCAUCACAAAACACUGGAAAUAUAGCAGAGUUACUAAUCAGGCAGAGGAUGGACACGUCUUACAGAAGGACUCUGUAGAAGAGUUCCCAAGGAGCGUGACCGAUGCCCCUUCAGUAUCCCCUCUUCCCCAUAACUGUGUAAUAAAAGCAAAUAGGACAAGGGGCUUUCAGGAGGAAAGUGAAGCAGACACAAUAGAAAAAGCACUGUGUGACCAUUUGAAGAACACGUCCCAAUCCAGCAGAGAACAUUCCAAAACAAGCUCCCCAGUGAAGAUGCCUGGAGUAGCCCUGCUGCCGGCUCACAGUCCCACAGGUAAAAAGAUCAUGACAAUCUGUAAAGAUGGAAUGGAAAUUGGAAGAUUAACUGAACGUCCAGACAAAGCCACAAGCCCAGCACUCCAGCAAGUGGGCAACAAAAAUGUGGAGAGAACAGCUGAAAUCCCCAGAUGUGUCAGUGCACCCGGCUUACUUCCUAAUGUGGAGAAACAACCUUCUCCAAAAAGGGACCCUGGUUUGCAUUGCUCAUUGUUGAGCCAUGAAAAAACAAUCCCAACCAGGGAGUGGAUGGAGAAUGGCGAACCUGCCUUGGUGAAAUAUUUUGAAACCCAGUGGGAAGAGCAGGCUUUGAGUCCCAUUACCUGGUUUUCUGGUUCUCAAUGUUCCCAGACUUUGAUAAAUGUAGUUUCUCCAGCAGGAAGUGCUACACAUAUACAAACAAGCAGAGACAGAAUUCACACCACCUCUAACAAGAGAAGUAAAUCCUGGAGCCCCUUUCACUUCAACGUCUCCAGUCAUUUAACAGAGGCUCAUGGAGAUAGUGCAUCUAGAACAAAUGCUGAGAAUGGAUUUGAGGCCAACUUGGUGCAUUCAAGAAGACACAAAGACUGUGAGACUUUAUGUCAAGAACAUUUUAUAAAGAGUGAGUCCACUGUUACUACUGAGGGCAGAUUCAAAGAUCAAGGAAUGAAAGAACCAGACUUGCAGAAAGACAUCUAUCUUAAGAACUGCUGCAUUGCACAAAGUGAAAGCAACAAUCAGAGAGCGACUACGAACACAGGGGAUGUCAACCUCACUCCAGAACCUGAAGCACCAGCCAGCUCUCCACUUUCAGAUUUAGCCAGCCCUAGAGAACAUGCUGGUGCCAGCAACCCAGAUAAUAAAGACAUCAAGCCUGCAGCGGAGGGAAAAUUAGUUAGCCCCUGUCUUGGAAAAGAAGAUAUCCAUCCCCAGUCUUUCUGUAAUAAUGAUAGAUUGGGAGAAGAGAGGCCCAGCUGUAGAACACCCAGGAGUGAGAAACCCGACAAAGAAUCUUCCUUAAAGAACAAUAAAUUAACAAAGGAGAGAUUUUGGAACUACCAUACAAAUUGCUGCAAUGAACACCAGCCCUGCCCAAUUGCUCAGAAAGUAUUGAAGGAGUUGAAGACUGCACUUCUGACUUCGAGAGAGCAAUUAGAUCUGUCCGCACAAGCUCCCCCCUCUGACAUGGAUCUUCUGAAAGAACAAGAAGUGACCACAACUUUCCUUGCCCAGUGUAUAAACAGUGAGGAGCCACUAACAAACAAAUGGGAAAAGGGAAACUCUAGCACUUUGCCAGAUGUACACGCUUCCUUUGCUCCUGAUGGAAUUUGCCAUCAAGAGUUGCCUGGAGAUGACAGUAAAAUUUCUUGUGGAUUUCCUCAGACAAUAACUCUGCAGCUGGGCCAACAAACCAGUAUAUCUCACCAAGAAGCUGGUGCUGAAUGCCCGUCUCUAAGUAAGGCAAUUGUUGAACUCAUCAAUGAAUUUCAAGAGAGCACUGAGAAAUGCAUUGUAAAAGAUCAGAGCAGGAUGGUGGAUAGUUUGGAGCAACUGCCGUUAGGAAAUGCCUCUGUUAGUGCCAAUCAUCUCCCGUCCAGAAGAUGCGAGAAUGCACGUAAUGAACAUGUUGCCCAGGACUGGAAGUCUUUGAAUGCCGAAACCCAUUCGGAUGCACUGACACAAACAUAUAAUACCAUCAAUGAGCAUUUUGCAGGAGGUGAAGAAGGUUGUGUUCCUGCAUCUCCAAGUAUUUUACGCAGAGAACUCUGCUAUGUGAAGUCUCUACAACUCAGUGCUAUGGAACCUGUCUAUUCUUGCCUCCCUCUCAGUGCAGAUGAAAGCACCCUGGAUCCUGACUCUCUAACUUCCAGUCCGAAUAUUAGUAAAGUUUCUUUAUUGGACAUUCACGAAGUUGAACGUAAAAGUGUAGCAGACAGGAAGUCCAACCAUUAUUUGUCAAAUUAUGUUAUUUCGGUGCAGAAAAUGCAAAUUUCUCCAAGUGAAGAGAAAAGUGUAGGCAGAUUGAGAGAUGAAAGUGCUGAUGCUGAAUUCAUGCUUAAUGAGAAUGAGGCAGCUCAGUUUAAUAUCAACGAGGAGAAAACAAAGGAAUUUCAAUCUGACUGUACUGAGCACAAUUCAUAUGAGUUAGUGAACAUUGUUAGCUCAAAUGACACAGACCACCAAAAGAAUAUUAGGGAGCUGUUAGCCCCUAGUGACAUUUUGAGGAUUGAAAAUAAUACCUGGCAUAAUACAGACAACAAUCCUUAUAGAAGCUGCUUGGAAAAUGCCUGCAGUUCUAUAGCAGCCGAUCGUAAUGAAUGUGACGAUGUUGGAUGCAAAAAGGAAACUGGCCAUGAAUAUCUCUACCAACCUGCUGCAUCAAAAGGGUGCAGAUCCUCUACAAAUCCUUCUCUUACUGUUUAUGAAAGUCAAGCAGAAGAAAUCAGUGUUGCAGGCUAUGAUGGUACUGUUUCUCAUUCAGGCCAUGCCUCCAGGAAUACAGGAAUUCAGCAAUUUGCUUGUAAUAAAAAGGACAAGUUUCAGCUCCAAAAUAUACCAGUAAAUCCAAAAAUGGAGAACGAACCAGAUAUGAAAUAUUCUAAACCUAAAUACCACAUGUUAGUGGCUGGCAACACAGAUGCCAGUCUUUGUGUGGCUGGAGACAACCCCUCUGCCAGUCCAUAUUUAGAAAGCGGACAACCCCUGGAGAUUGGACUACAUUCGAGGACCAUUUGUCUGCCAGAGCAGUCUGACAGGUGUCUUCUGCCACAAGAUUCUGCGCUUUCUGACCCACAGAAGAAGGAAUUAGAGCAAAACUGGAGUGAAAGUCUAUCAGCAAAACAACUUAAGAAAACAUAUUGUUCUGUUUUCAGACUACCUACCGAAGGCUCAUCUUUUGGGAGGCUUUGCCAGAAUGUAGACUGCACCAUUGAGCCUCCUCAUCUGAGCAAGGGAACAUCCCCCACUACCCCACUGACACCAAAUCUUUGUUUAUUGGGACAAGAAACUGAAAUACAUGCAAAUGGAGAGUCUUUGGCAUUCAACCCUCAACUGAUGGAUAAAGCCACAUAUUUAAGUUGCCUUUAUAAUCCAAAGACACCAAGGAAACAAGCAAACGAACUAAGUGUACUUUCUAAUCUCCGCUAUUGUAAAAUUUCAGCAAAAGUAUCUUUUGGUGUGGAGGAGGAGGGAGGGAGGACAGUGUCACACACAAAAAAAGAAAAUGACCCAGACCAAUUAACAAGUGACCAUCAGUAUAAAUCUCCAGCUAAAAAAGUAGUCACCGCAGAUAGCAACUGAUGUAAGUAAUACUACCUGAUUUGAGGCACUAGACUUUGGUAGAGCUUUGCACAGCUAAAAUGUAAUCAACUUGUAAAAUAAUGGGUUUGUGUAUGUAAAUGAGGACAGUCAAAGAUGACUCAAAAAUACCACUACCGUAUUGUGCUAUAGAGAUACACGUAAUGCUUUUCUGUUACACAAUGAUCUUGUACAUCACUCUGGCCCUGUGUUUUCAGUCUGUUACAUUUCUGAAUGAAAUACAAUUUCAAGAUACCCGUGUAUGUAAUUUUUGAUCUUGAACUAAUCAGAAGUGUUAAACAUCCCAUGAAAAAUAUUUAGUGGCAUGCAAGUUUAGGCCUUACAUUUGAUGUGCUCAGUGUAAUAAUGUACCUCAGCCAGGUGCAACCUGUUCAUAGAUGUUCUGGAAUUAACAAAGCUUACCUGCUUUAAAGAAGGAAAGAGUAAUGCUUAAAGAUGAUGGGGUGUUUUUCUUGUAAAUGUUUCCACCUAGUUUCUUCCCUCUCUUCCAUUGUGGAUAGACAAUGCUUUGAAUGUUCUGGGAGAUGGACUUUUAUCUUGGCUUUUGAACAAACAAUGCGUGGUUUCUUUGGGUGACAGAGACUUUACCUACUGUAUGUAGGGGAAAAUAUAGGGCAAAUUGGGUUGGACUAGCUAACAUUGAUGGUGCAAUGAAGCAUCUCUUUAUCAAAUGACGAGGGUAAAAUCUUUUUUCUGCAAGUAAGGAUAAGAUAUUGCCCUUUAUAUCCUUACUUUAAGGAUGUUAAUAUUGUUGGUAUAGCUCAGUGAUUUGAGCAUUGGCUUGCUAAACCCCUGGUUGUGAGUUCAGUCCUUGAGGGGGCCAUUUAGGGAACUGGGGUUUAAAAAACAAACAAACAAAAACUGUCUGGGGAUUUCUCCUGUUUUAAGCAGGGGGUUGGAUUAGAUGAUCUCCUGAGGUCCCUUCCAACCCUGAUAGUCUAUGAUUUGGGCUGACAUUUGACUGGAACACAACAUUCAUACAAAACAUUGUUAAGUUAAGGGAGGGAGUUUUGAAAAUAUUUGAAUUUUUAAAAGAAUCACAAAACAUAUCUCAAUUUUAGAGUGCUGCAAAAUGGGUUUGGUAGCCUAUCUGAGCUUUGGGAUUUUUGGAAGGAGAUUUCCAACUGACUUCAAAAUUACAGCUCACUUCCUCUUUCUAACCCCUUCAAAAACAUUUACAAAAGCGUAUGCUGUUGCUGCAUGCAGCUGUUUUAUUUUAACUUUAUUUUUUACAUACCAGUGUGAAGCAUCUUCACAUUUAUUUGUACCAAAAAAAAAUCUCCAGUUGGCUGUCUACAGUGUAUUUCAAAACAUUUCCCAAAAGAGGGUCCCAUACGUGGAAAGACCUGGAACUCUAAUAUGUAAUUGCUAAUAAAAAUGCAUGCACUUGCUGACCUGGAGGCGUGUGAAUUCCCUUCUGGGAAAUGUAGAUGUGACCAUUUUUUCAUACAUAUUUUUCACACUUAGAGUCAAAAGCAGUUUUUAAUAGGAAGUACAUAUGCUCUGUACAAUUUUUUGGCUAUUCAGAUUUCCCUUUCAAUGUUGAUCUACAAAUUUAGUCCAUAUUUGCAAUAUAAAACAGUAAAUGGACAUAGACCAUGCAAGGAAUUAAUUUGUCAGUAAAUCUGUAAAUAUCAUUGCCAUCUCUUAUUUUGCUUAUUUCUGCAUUUUCCCCAGGCUCACUGGUUUGUUUGUUAAGCACAAACAUACCCUUCAGAAAGUAUGUGUGGUGGUGAUUUGCCAGAGAUUAGCCAAGCUAGUUCAAUCAACUUCAGAGACUCUUUCUGUCUCACUCAGUAACUUUUGGACAACUGAUGGAUAACCAAAAGUGCACAAAACUCAUAUCCUGCAGCAUGUCUGGCAAUAUUUUAGAUACCCGUGGUUACCACAGCAGUGCUGCUAUCCCCAGAAGUGCCUGCCUUCUGGAGCUCAUGGCAUGUAGUGUUGAGAGUUCCCGUCUGUACCAUCUGACUCUUUUCUAUUAUUUUUUCUGAAAUAUCAACUAACUAGACUUGUCCUACUCAGGCAAUUAUUCCUUAUCACUCCUGGCACAUUUCUUAGACCAGAGCAAUUGAGGAAAAGAAAAUUAACAAACUAUUCUUCUGAAGAUAUUUGUACUUUCCUAAAGACUGACAAUAUUACAGCCUUCAUUAUAGGGUAAGAAAAUUCAUAACUGCUUCCUAUAUAUACAUAGGUUACUUAAUUCUUCAUUAAUCAUGCAGGCACCUUGCCCUGUUGUAUAGUAUUUUUAAAGAGAUGGUCUUUAUAUAAAAUUGUGCCUAUGGCUGCCAACAACAGAGGUCAGUACUGUACUUAUUGGCUGUUGGAUAAGCUAUCUUUUCUUUCCUGAAUACUUAGUUUUGUGUCUUCUAAAUAAGAACAAAAAUGAAAAUAAACAUCUGAAGCAAUUGUAUGUAACUGUGUUGUUUCAUGCCUCAGACGUUGGUUUGUGGCCUAGACUACUGUCAUAGGUAUGUCAGUUUUAUAUUUACUGUAUCCCAUAGACCAUACUGCUGUUUCUUGCUUUUUGAACAACUGAAAAGCAUUUGGAGCAUUAGAACUACAUACGAAGGUGGGACUUUGCCCAGGGUCCCCUUCCAAAACAGCCUUUUUUAUAAGUGGACACACAGUUUUCCCGCUGAUGCCUUCAUGUUUUCAGGAGCAUUACAAAAAUAAAAUAUUUCAUUUUUACAUUAGUCUUGUAACCAAUUCUAAAGAAAUAGAAAAUUAAACAUUUGAUCUUAGAAUUUCAUCAGCUGUAGCUAAAUAUCUACAAGUGAUUUUUUUUACAUCUCAUUAGAUUUACCAUCAAUUUACACCAUAGAAAUUUGUAAGAUUUUAAUUUGUAAAAGCAUCAUUCUUUUUUAAAAUACAUGUAUAUAUUAAACAAAUUGAAGCAUUGUCAAAGUACCACAGAACACUGUUAAGGUUUUUGGUAUUAUAAUAAAUCAUGCAUAUUCUAUAUGUGUUGGUUUGGGUUUUUUCUUAUGUUAACCAUUAUUAUUCGGUAUACUAUAUUUAUAAUUUUUGCCAACCUAACGUACUGUUCUGCUACUCAGCUGAGUUAGCCUUAACACUUUGCCUUUUAGCACCCUUAAAAUGUGAUCUUUGAUUUGGAGGCGAUCACUCAAACAAAUACAGUACAUCUUUUUUUUCAGUGUGCGUCGUGAAUUCCUGUGCAAUUAAUUGAUCAUUCUGAAAACGUGCAGUAUAAUAAACCCUUUAUGACAGCACACCCACAAACUUGCAUGCAGCAGAAAAUAACCCCUAGUACUAAGCGCCUGAUCUGUGAUGGCUGUUUGGCACUUCCAACUAGAUUUUAACAUUAAAAACAUGCAUGGCUGCAGGAAGUGCACUUUGUUGCACUGUCCACACACACACUAUAUAUUACUUCUCUCUACUUAUAGAAUCACUUCCUAUUUACAUACCUCAUCAGCCCAGGGAGCCAGUCAAAUGAAAAGGUGCAAGAUGAAUGCUCAUACCAUAAGCAGAAAAUACGCAAGUAGUAUGCCUAGGCUUGGAAGGAUUUGAUUUUUAUCAGUAAAUGUCAGUAAACAUCAAUUUCACAAACAAAUAUCUCCAUCGGUGGUAACGGAAAUUUACAGAUAGGCAAAAUAAGAAAAGUGCUGCUUGAGAACUUAUUAGAGUUUGAUUUAAGUAUAGUUACUUUAUAUAACGUGAUGUGAUAUUAAUAAGUUGUAUUUUAACAGCAGCAAAGUGUUAACUUUUUGAAUCUGAAUGUCUACUGUCAUUAAAUGAUUGUCUGCUCCCUUAGUUUCCUGCAACUGUGAACAUUUAAAUCAGUGAAAAUUUUAAACAGUUCUUAAAAACAAACUGAUAUUUUCCAUCAAAAUUGUAUUUUAAAAAAUCAAAUUCUGCCAAGCCUAAAAACACACAGCAAGGCAUAGCAAGUCAAGAGUAUAUAGAGUUGACCUGUAACUUCUUUUACAAAUGGAUAUAUUUGUGUCUAAUUAUGGCUUUGUUUUACUAUAACCUGAGUGAAAAAUAGGGAUUGGGAACCCUCCAGAAGUCUGUAAUUUAGACUUGGUUUAACAUAUUCACAGUUUGAGGAUUAUCAAAACUAUCUGAAUCUCUUGAGUCUGCAAAAUGACACAUAAAUCUCAAGAGAACAGGUGUGCUUCUGAGACUUCUGUUACUUCCUCUCAGAUAUCCUGCAAGAAUAAUCUUUUCUCAUGAUACUUUGACACUUCUCGUCCCAGCGAGAAAUAAAUGGGAAGAAGAAAAACCUUUGUUAUCCAAACAUUAUAAAACUUCAAAAAUGGUUCUGUUUGAGUCUGGGUCUAGAAAUGGCUGAACGUUCAGGGGAAAGCUUAAUGCUGCUUCCUUUACCUGCUGUAAAUCCUACAGAUUUUUCCUACUAACUCUGAAAAUUAACUCAUUGAAAUCUGCUGAAAACAACUAGUGUACCUAUGGGUGCAUAUCUAGAUACUCCAAUGAAUGUAAACCCCUUAAUUGCCCAACAUUAUCCACAUCGUGUGUUAUUUGUGGGCUUGUUUUUCUCCAAAGAUGUGCAACAUUGUAUUGAGGGAACUCCAGCCAGGAGAUGAAGUUCAUUACUUUCCUCACUGUGCCUGGGAAACACAAGGCUUGCAACAUAUUAAACAUUGCUGUGUGAUUUCCAUACACAAGUCUGUCUCGUUCCAAUUAUGAUAUGACAAUUUAAUUGAAUUAGGAAACUGUAUUAAAAGCUUUUUUGAUUGGCAGCACCAACUACACAGAACCUAGUCCAGGUUUUAAAAUCUUCCUACAUGAUGCCUGUUGAUCUGCCUCUU